AUGCCUUUCCCCAAAAUCUUGAAGAAAAUGAGCAGUAAAAAAAGUCUAAGAGGCUCAAGUGAGGGCUCUACAGAAGAUCUUCCUCCACUUCCAACAAGCAAGUACAACGACUCCGAAGAAUAUGCUUACUACAGCUUCCCUCCUCAAAGUGCACGCACUUCGCCAUCGGACUCUCCAAGAAUGCGGGUGGCUGAACUUGUCACUGAUCGUUCUGGUUCCGAAUAUGGAUAUUAUUCUCAAGAUCGCCGACCAUCCCUGCCUACUCAUGGCGAACGAUAUGCACCCCCUUCAACUUCGAGAAAUGCGUCCUAUUCAGGCAGCAUAGACCAUACACGGGCAAGAACGACUUCGCAAUCUGGUCCGGCCAGGCAACCUGGAUACUACGCUCAGUAUGCCUCCCCGCCUGCCACUGCCGACCCUUAUAAUAUGUCUCGAACAUCAUCUCGCACGAGCCCACAAACUAGUCCUACACCUUCUCGAACACCGUCCAGUAAUUCAGGUGUUCCUAUGACUCGCCAACCAGGGGCUUUCGACACCUUCUCGCCAAUUUCUCCAGGAAACGCCAGCAGCUCGCCUGUUUCUCCUGUCAGUAGCCAGUCGGAUCCGAACAUCUACCGUCAGCGUGGCCCUUUCAUAUCUUCGCCAUCUCACUUGCAGCGACUGCAUGUCGAGCCCGUUGAUGACUACCAUGGCUCCUCCCGUCAGCCAUCGCCAGCCUUGCAACCCUCGAGAGGUCCUUCCCCUCCACGAGGUCCAAUACAGCCACAGCAAACUGGGGUCUAUGGGCAGUUGAGCAACGCACCGCCAUCAAACCAGAACGGCAAUGGGAAUGUUUCACGACCACCGCCCCAGGACGAGCUCUCAAGAGAGCUCGCAGAUUCGUGGCAAAUUGCUACGACAGCUCCUAAACAAUCGAAUGCCGACAAAGUGCUCCAAACAAUUGAAACCGGAAUUUCAACUAGUCAAGCAAAACAAUCACAGGCAGAGCUUGUCGUUGUCGGAAUAAAAACUGGUUUGGACAUGGUCGGAGGCAUGGAUGCGAUUGAACAAGGCCUCAACACGUUUAUGGAGGGGAUGCCCGUGUUAAUGAAUGCAUUGGAUGAAAUCGCCAAGCUUCAUCCCUUCGUCGGAGUCGCUGUAAUGGCUUUCAAGGCAGUAUGGGCUCUCGAAAUGAAGCGGCGCGAAAACGAUAGAAAGAUCCUAGCGCUCCACAUGGAAAUGAAAGACAUGAUGUCCGUGCUCACACAAUUGCGGAACGUCAAGGACUCGGAAGAGAUAGCACCCGAUGGCACGACCAUCAAGGGUCGUAUGCAGGAACUCAUGAAAGGCACCGCAGACGACAUCAAGAGCUGCGCUAAUGCUUGCGACACAUACACCAAGAAGAAGCUUGUUGUCAAGAUCUUGAAGGGUGGGGUUUGGGAACAGAAAUUAGUUACUUUCGCGGGAAAGUUCACAAAGCGACGGGGAGAGUUCGAGUUUGCAUUAAGCAUUCAUACUGCUCUCGGCGUUGAUGCCGCGAACGAGAGGUUGUCCGCUGUCGACAAAAAGAUGGACAUGAUGCUGCAGAUGUUUCAACAGAUGAUAGCACCAGAACAGAAGGAGAUGCUACGCAUGGUGGAGCAAAAGGGAGGAGUCCAGGCUUGUCAAGAUAACGACAAGAUUCUCAAAGAGUUGUGCGACCUUGAAGCCAAAUCUUCUUCUGCCAUCAAUGGAGCUACAACAACUUCUAAAGCUGGUUCGAAAACCGGUAACGCUGUGGAGGAGCUGAAGGACGACCUGAUGGUUGAUCCUGACGCGGCGAUGGAGAAAAACUCGACCGUUUUUUCGAGAAAGUUCGAGGUCCAAAAGCGUCAAAUUGUGGAUGAGUUGACCAAAGUCGUGGAGAGGGAGGGCGAUCGAGUUAUCAGUGCCAUCACUGCAGGACCACACGACAAACUUAUCGAUCCUGAUUUACACAAAAUUUGGAAGGAGAUGGGUUGGCGUGGCUCAAUCAAAUCGCGUCACUUUGUCAUGGCUCUGCGCGACUAUUACCAAGAAAACAGUGACGAGAGCGAGACCAAUGCAAACAAAAAAAGGACAGGUGACGACUGGGCGGUCGCAUAUAUAAAUGUUUCUCGCUUGCAACAAAUCAGUGAAGCUUUCGAUGACGACGCAUCUGGUUUUGUAACAACUGCGGAAGCCAACACAUACACCACAUCGCGGCCCCUUGAUUGGUCAUUGAGCCAUUGGACCGCAUACUGGGCGAUUGGCUUUCACCAAGCUAUGACGAUCUAUGCUGUAAAAAUACGCGAACUGGUAGCAAAAAUGUUUGCUUUGCGAACUCUUGUUCUUCCGGCCAAUCGCGCGUCGAUCAACUCGUACCUGGAAGAAAUAUAUCAAGGCGUCACAACUCUCGAGUCUGGUCUCCAACCUUGCUAUGUCAACGAGGCUUUGCAGGAAAAAUUUGCUCUCUAUGUCGAUGCUGAAGAGGCUCGACUGCGCGGUAACUUGGAAGCCGUUGAUUACGACUUGGAUGCUGCAAAUACCCUCACACUCGUCACCGGCGAUGGCCGUAUCGAGAGAUUCAUCAUGCCCAUGCUCUACCUCCUGUUAAAGCGUGACUUUGAAAUUUUCCGUAUCUGUCAAAAGAAGGUCAUUCACCCCGAUGAACUUUGGGAUUCAGCCGAUACCAUCGGCUGGGUGCUUUCGGCCGCGAGAGAGCGAGUCGAGCUGCUUGACUCUACCUUUCAGAAUCAAAAGGUUGACGCCGCACAACAAUUCAAGACUUACGCACACGGAAUCUUCCAAUACUUGCACGACAGCAGUGGACUUUGGGACGCGAAAGUGGUACUAUCAACAGAAUUCCCCGACUACCCCUACGACGAUGCCCUGGAGAAUCAAGAUGUUGAUCUCGAAAAAAUCCUGAAUUAUCCAAUAGGCUCGGAGAAACUCGACUUUGCGGCCUACAACGAAGUGCCACCCAGUAGCCCCAAAUCCUCCUCCAUCCGCCCAAGCUCGGCAUUGAAGGCAGUAUUGGGCAGUUGGAAUGGUUUCACUUACACACCUGCAUCCAAUAUCGUGCCCUCGUCGGGCAUGAUUUCCAUGCAUUUUAUCGCUGCGAGCAGCCGUCGUUUUACUGCAACCUCUCGAUCUAACACCUCAGAUUUCACCAUCACGGGAGAGUGUGCCCCACAGGGCUCCGAUCUCAUUAAAAUCACAUUCAAGCAAACAUUUCCGACUCGAUUCCCUGCUCAAUAUUAUGCUGGUGUUUGGUCACGUGCGACCCACUCGCUUACGGGAACUUGGGGAGCAGAGGCCGACGCAAAGACUCAUGGCGGUGUUUUUAUCUUCAAACGCGUCGACCCCGAACAUAUGUGCUUCUUCCCGGCCUUGUCUGAGCUCCAAUCAAACAAGUCGCGCGCCUUGUGGAAUUUCGCACUCUCUGCUGUGUUGUAUCAGGUCCGCAAACAGACCCUCUCAUGGACUUUUUACAAAGAGCGGUCUUACGCCCGGAAACGAUUUGUAGACCUCUAUAUUCGUAAUACACGGUUUGGUAAACCGCUUAAUCGACAAGAAGAGAAGGAGCUAGGGUUAAUCAAGAAGAGCUUUACCACGGCAGAUUCGAGAUUUUACCACAGUAUUGCUGAGGCGAAGAUUCGCGUUACAACCGGACAUGACGUCCGUUGUGACUGCUGCACUGGUGUAAUUGGUGGCUCACGCAUAACGUGCUUGACUUGCCGACUGGAAGACACAUUUGACACAGUUGACUUUUGCGACACAUCAGACUGCAUGUCAGCUCAAGUUGUCCCUUCAGGAAUGACGCGCACUCAUCUUCCGACGCACGAUAUCCUCAAGUUGCGUCGGGUCGUCCAUAUUCGGCAGUUUGGCAAGACAUACCGGGAGGCAAAGCAGGCGUUGACGAAAGCUCGACAACUCUUCCCAUCUCCUGACCAGGAUGAAGACGCGGACCUUAGGCAUACGGGUGUGACCUCACCACCUCGAUGCGCUUCUUGCGGUCUGCACGUUGCUCAGCCAUGCUGGUUCUGUGUUCAGUGCGAAGAACCUAGCUUCAUUUGUAUAAGCUGCGAGGCCGACCCCAAGAGGAAACUUUCCUUUGGGUACCAUAAUUCAUACUCCCAUGACCUUGUUCGGUGCCAACCACUCAUCGAGGAGGUCGAAAUCACACUCGAAGACCGACUUGCCGACCUCGAAAAGCGCUUCAUACAACACGAAGCCAAUAUGGAGCUCCGACUCACGAAUCUGGAGGGGAAAAUGGAGAACCGGCUGGUUAACGUCGACCAGCGGCUCGUGCAAGUCGAAAAACUUCUUGAGAGGAUAAUAAUCUCUCCUUCAUUCGCCCUCCUUCCAGCAUUGACUACAUUCAUUCAUUCGGCAUUCGCAUAUACCUCAUUCAAGUUAUUUUCACCUGUGAUUUUGACGGGUGUCUUUACGUCAUCAUCUAAAACCUACUUGCUCCCAACUUCAUUGUCGUUCCUUCGCCUUGACUCUGUAUCUAUAUGGCGAAUUGGUAGGGUCUACUAUCGCUCCUCGGCGCAGACCUUUCAUAGCAUUCACAGGCUAGAUCUAUUAUCGUUUGGCGUUACUAUCGCCGUUUUCGGGGUCAUCAUCUAUAUCGUGCUCUCCAUUGUCCAGGGCGUCUCGCAGGGAGUCGAGAACGCCAAAGAGGGAUUGAAAACGAAAGGAGUGCAUAUAACGGACAAGGGCGUCGCUGUAAAAACCUCCAAGCGAUUCGGUAGAGAAGACUAUGUAGAUGCUACUCAACGAGGGAUUGUCAACAUAGUCAAUGCGUCUUCGUUCCAGAAAGGAGGUGCUGCACGGACACCAGAUUCCGAGUCGAGCAACCAACUCUCGCCCGAUCCGUCCAACGGCGACAAAAAGAAGCGGGGUCUGUUCAAGCGUGCGCUCAGUGGGACGAGUACCAACAGCAAAGACCGAAACUAG